AGACCUCGUUUCCUACCCCCCCCGCGAAAUCCCUACGCUGCCUGCACGGCGCCGCCAUGGGGGCUGCGGGCCGCGCCGAGCCUCCUCCGGGGGCUCGCUGGAUCGCGGCGUGAGGGAGAGGAGGAGAAAGAGGAGGAGGAGGAAGAGGCGGCGCAGGUUGAGAGAAGGGGAGGUUUAUUUCGAGCGCUGUAUCCUUCCGCGAGGCACAAGGCGGCCGCGGUGUCCCUCCGCCGCCGGCACCACACGGGCAGGCGGCGUCUCCCCGGCCGGGGCGAGGAGGUCGCGGGCUGCGCGGCGGAAAGAAGAAGAAGAAAAACUUCGCAGCGCCGCGGCUCGUCUCGACCGCCGGAGCGGCGGAGAGAGGGCUUCCCGCGGAGAGAAGGAGAAGCGACAGGAGGGGGGAGCGGCGGCGGCCCGGUCUCGCCGCCGCCCCGCGGGGGCUCCGUGAGGGAGCCCUGGGGACUCUUUUUCGCGGGGGCCGGCGGAAGGAUCUCGCGGCGGCUCUUGCCAUCGCCUCCCCCCUGCAUCGCUCGCCCCUCGGCGCCGCCAUCUUGGAUUUUAAUCCGCCAUUUUUUUCCUCCCCCCACUCGGAAUUAUUUUUUUUACCAUUAUCGCCGCUUUUUUUUUUUCUCCUCCUGAUUUUUUUCCUCUUCCUCCUUCUCCUUUCUCGCCGGCUCUCCUCUUUUCUCCCCCACCUUCCUGCUUUUUUUUUUUUUUUCCUCCCCCCCCCCUCGCUAUUUUCCCUUUUGAUGAUUCAUUUUUUCCCCCCGGCGGAGGCUGGGGCAGCACCGGCGGCGGGGGCACCCCAGCGCGGUGGGCGGCCGGGAGGAAUUGGAACUGAAAUUAUUCAUCCGCUUCUCCGAGCCUUUUGAAAAGAGACUAAAUGCAACUGGGUCAGGCUGUCUGGGGGAAUGAAGUGGCUGGGAGAAUCCAAGAACAUGGUGGUGAAUGGCAGGAGAAGUGGAAGCAAGUCGUCUAAUGACCACGCACAGAAUCAGACCAAAUUGCAGCAUGCAGGAAAGGAGAAUCCGAAGACUGGCAAAAAUGGAGUUGAGAGAAGAUCAAAUAGAUGUAGCGGUGCUUCAGGAUUUGAGGGUCAAAGUCGUUAUGUGCCUUCCUCUGGAAUGUCUGCCAAGGAACUGUGUGAAAACGAUGACCUAGCAACUAGCUUGGUUCUUGAUCCCUAUUUAGGUUUUCAGACACACAAAAUGAAUACUAGAUUUCGACCUAUAAAAGGAAGGCAAGAAGAACUAAAAGAGGUGAUUGAACGUUUUAAGAAAGAUGAGCACUUAGAAAAAGCCUUCAAGUCCUUGACGUCAGGUGACUGGGCCCGGCACUAUUUUCUUAACAAGAACAAAAUGCAGGAAAGGUUGUUCAAGGAACAUGUAUUUAUUUAUUUACGGAUGUUUGCAACUGACAGUGGGUUUGAGAUACUGCCUUGUAAUCGGUAUUCUUCUGAGCAAAACGGAGCCAAAAUAGUUGCAACAAAAGAAUGGAAACGGAAUGAUAAAAUAGAAUUACUCGUUGGGUGUAUUGCUGAACUAUCAGAAAUGGAAGAAAACAUGCUGCUGAGACAUGGGGAGAAUGACUUCAGUGUAAUGUAUUCCACGCGGAAAAACUGUGCACAACUGUGGCUUGGUCCUGCUGCAUUUAUCAAUCACGAUUGCAGACCUAACUGUAAGUUUGUGUCAACUGGAAGAGAUACAGCAUGUGUGAAAGCUCUAAGAGAUAUUGAGCCUGGAGAAGAAAUCUCUUGUUACUACGGAGAUGGCUUUUUUGGAGAAAAUAAUGAAUACUGCGAAUGUUACACCUGUGAAAGACGCGGAACUGGUGCUUUUAAAUCGAGAGUGGGAUUGCCAGCACCUACUCCUGUGAUUAAUAGUAAAUAUGGACUGAGAGAAACAGAUAAACGAUUGAAUAGACUCAAAAAGUUGGGUGACAGCAGCAAAAAUUCAGACAGCCAGUCUGUCAGCUCUAACACUGAUGCAGAUACCACUCAGGAAAAAGCUAAUGCAACUAACAGAAAAUCUUCAAUUGGCGUAAAAAAGAACGGCAAAAAUAGAACAUUAACCAGACAGUCUAUAUCAAGAAUUCCAGCAUCAUCAAAUUCUACCUCAUCUAAACUAACUCAUCUAAAUAAUUCCAGGGUACCAAAGAGACUGAAAAAGCCUGCAAAGCCUUUACUUUCGAAGAUUAAGCUGAGAAAUCAGUGCAAAAGGCCAGAGCAGAAGAACGCUUCUAGAAAGCUCGAAAUGGGAAAUUUAGUUCUCAAAGAGCCUAAAGUAGUUUUAUAUAAAAACUUGCCCAUUAAAAAAGAUAAAGAAUUAGAGGGACCAGUCAAAGUUGCAGUCUCUAGUGGAUGCUUAACAAGGCAUGCAGCGAGGGAGUAUAAACUGAAUUCUGUGAAAGGUGCUCAUGAGCAUGGUGAUAUACCACCCUGCACAUACAUAACAAGGAGGUCAAUGAGAACAAGGAUGAAUUUGAAGGAGACCUCUGACAUAAAGCUUGAACCAAAUACAGUGGAUAGCUAUAAGAAUAACUUGACUGGAACGCGAUCGGACGUUUUAGAGCAGCAGUCUCAUGUGACGAAUGAAAAUGACCUGGCUCAUGGAGCAUCACAUAAAGGGGAGGUUAGGUGCCAGAAAAACGAUGCAGGCAUGUCAAAAAAGAAGUCUCGACAAGGAAAACUGGCAAAACCACCUGCAAAAACAGAUGAAACUGAUAGUACGCACAAUACACCUGUGACUGAUGAAGUACCAGAUUUGAUCAGUUCUCAUUCAGAACACGGAGAUAGGAAUAACGUGGUAGAGACACCUGUUGGCUAUAAAGACUGUGUCCCUGGAUCUGGUGGCUGCUCUGUUGUAACAUCUGACAAUUUUAAAGCGAAGGACAGCUUUAGAACUGCAAAAAGUAAAAAGAAAAGACGAAUCACGAGGUAUGAUGCACAACUAAUCCUUGAAAAUAGCUCUGGGAUCCCUAAACUGACUCUUCGUAGACGCCACGAUAGCAGUAGCAAGGCAAAUGACCAAGAAAAUGAUGGAAUGAAUUCUUCAAAAAUAAGCAUCAAAUUAAGUAAAGACCAUGAAAAAGAUAAUAAUUUAUAUGUAGCAAAGCUAAAUAAUGGGUUUAACUCAGGAUCAGGCAAUAGUUCAACAAAAUUAAAAAUACAGCUAAAACGAGAGGAAGAAAACCGAGGGACGUACCCUGAGGACCUUCAUGAAAAUGGUGUGUGUUGUAGUGAAACUCUCUCCCUUUUGGAGUCGAGAAUGGAAGUAGAUGAUUAUGCUCAGUAUGAGGAGGAAACAGCAGAUGAAUCUUCGUCAGAAGAAGAUGAUGAAGAGGAAGAUGAUUAUGAUGAUGAAUUUGAUGACUUUAUUCCUCUUCCUCCAGCAAAGAGAUUAAGGCUCAUUGUUGGCAAGGAUUCAAUAGAUAUUGAUAUUUCUUCCAGGAGGAGAGAAGAUCAGUCUUUAAGGCUCAAUGCAUAAGCUUAUAGGUCUUAAACUGACCUGGAUGUCAUUUUUAAAAAAUAAAAAUAUAAAAAUUAAAAAAAAAAAAACAAUAAAAAUUCCAUUUGAUUAUUCCUCAACUGAAGAACUUUCUGAAAGACUUAGUGGCAGCACUUCUUUAUUGUUUAUUCACCUAUCAACAUAAUAUUGUAGAAAGUGUACAGCAUACUGACUCUUCUUAAGUCUGAUUUGUGCAGAUUUUUAUUGUACUUUUUAAUAGCCUUCUUAUGUGCAAUUCUAAGUUAGAGUAAGAGGUAAUGCUCUGUUGUAAAAUAAAGGCUCAAGCAAAGUUAUGAAAUUGCAUCAAAUCUUUUCCAUGCAGGACAAUGAGAAUACAGUGUGGCUACACAAUUAUUUUUGAUCUGUAAGAGCAUUAGUUUGCUCUUACAAUAUUUGACUAAACGAUUAAAAAGAAAUCAUAGUAGCAGCAUAUUUAAGGUUUUCUAGUAUAUGUUAAUAUCACCAGCAAUGAACUACAGCUUUUCAAUUUAUUUGCUAGAUGUUUUUUUCCCCUUGGAGUUUGUCAGUUUUAACACUGUAUGCUGUCCCAGACGUACUGUUUGUGGCCUUUGUUAUAGUAGCAAACCGUUGGUUGGAAGUCAAAUUGAUUUCUUUAAAGAAAAAGAAAAAAAAAUUAAAAGGUGUUGACAAUUUGCUGACUUUUUAGUACAUUAUAUGUACAAGGGUAGCAGUAUGCAGAAUAAAAGUUUGGAUAUGGUGUAUUUAUUGCUUGUUAUGUAAAUUAAACACCUUGUAUUUAACACUUUUCAAUACUUUUAGAUAAAAUUGUUCUUUGCAAGAAUGAUUGGUGCUUAUUUUUUCAAGAAUUUGCUGUGAAAUAAUGUGAUUACAACGGGCAACAUUUAUCCAAUGAACUGCAGCUAUCCUGAGUUGGUUCUUCAUAUUUUUUCUGUUGCACUUGUAAAAUGCUACAAGGAAUUUAAAGAAAAUCUAUUCACUUUAACUUAUGAUAGUUUUAUGAAAUUAAAAACAACUAAGUCACAGCUUUUGUUCUGUGGUAACCUAUAAAAUGUUUGUCUUUUAAGAACCAGUUGUAAAAGACUGAAAAAGUAUGUAUAUGUUGUAAAUAUUUGUGUGUUGUGAGAAAUUUUGUCAUAAGAAAUUGAGAUAACUUGCCAGAAGGGUUUUUAAGUUUAGAAAUACAUCCAUGCCAAUAAAAUAGGAACUUGUAAACCUAGUUUUAAACUCUGCAUCAGUUGGAGUUCUUUGCUUUUAUGUAGUUCACUUGAUACUUCAGAGUCUACUUUAUAACAAUGAAGAGCAUCAGGGCAAUGUUUGGCUCUUUUUUUUUUUUUUUAAAUAAAAGAAUGUUAGG